UGGUGGGCGGGGUCGGCCGAGCCCUGCUGGCUCGGUCUUCACGGCUGACCCGGGACCCAUAGGGGCGGCGCCAUUAAGGCCACGCCUCCAGCGUUGAUUCCGGGCGGCUCUGGAGCGAAGUCCCAGGCGCUGAAUGGGUGGAGACUCGAGACCCUUCUCUGAGAGGCUAGGGACGGGCCCGCCCCGUCAGUCUCUUCUAUUCUUCCGGUUUUUGGUGGCUGCGCCGCCUCCCUCCGAAGCGUGAGGAUACACCCUUUCGAGAGCCUGCCAUCCUUCUCCUUUCAGCUUCAAACCCCUCUGAAUUGCUCCGGGACAACUCCAGCCCAACAUUCUCGUUCUCGCUCUCGCUCUCGCUCUCGUUCUCGUCCCUUGGAGGACCUCGGCCCCGGCACUGCCCCCUUUCCUGGAUGUACUGGCCCCUCCCAACCCUAUAAAAUGUCCAAUAACCUACAAAGGGUCUUCUUGAAACCUACAGAGGAAAAGUCAGGCAACGCCUCGCAUUGUGUUUCAGGCUGCAUGUACCAAGUAGUUCAGACGAUUGGCUCGGAUGGAAAAAAUCUUCUGCAAUUACUUCCAAUUCCUAAUUCCUCUGGAAAUCUUAUGCCACUAGUUCAAUCUUCAGUCAUGUCUGAUGCUUUGAAAGGGAAUACAGGAAGUCCAGUUCAAGUUACUUUUCAGACUCAGAUUUCCAGCUCUUCCACAAGUGCAUCAGUUCAAUUGCCCAUUUUUCAGCCAGCCAGUUCUUCAAACUAUUUUCUUACAAGAACAGUAGAUACAGCAGAAAAAGUUAGAGUUACUUCUGUGGGAACUGAAAAUUUUACCUCAUCAGUUUCUAAAGUUCAGAGUCAUGGUGUGAAAAUUGAUGGACUCACCAUGCAAACAUUUGCUGUUUCUCCCUCUUCAACACAAAAUGAUUCAUCUUACAUUUUAGUAAAUACCCAGAGUCUCCCAAUGACUGUGAAGUCUCCGGUUUUGCCUUCUGGGCAUCAUUUACAGAUUCCAGCCCAUGCUGAAGUGAAAUCUGUACCAGCGUCAUCAUUGCCUCCUUCAGUUCAGCAAAAGAUACUUGCAACUGCCACCACAAGUACCUCAGGAACAGUUGAGCCCUCCCAAAUACCUACUGUUAUUUAUGUAUCUCCUGUAAAUACAGUGAAAAAUGUAGUUACCAAGAACUUUCAAAACAUUUACCCAAAACCUGUUACAGAAAUAGCAAAGCCAAUGAUUCUAAACACCACACAGAUUCCAAUGAAUGUUGCUAAAGAGACACAGUUAAAAGGUGGUCAGCAUUCUCAAGCUGCUCCAGUGAAAUGGAUUUUUCAAGAAAAUCUACAGCCUUGCACUCCAUCUCUUGUUCCUGUUAAAUCUUCAAAUAAUGUGGCUUCAAAGAUUUUAAAAACUUUUGUAGAUAGAAAAAAUUGGGGAGAUAAUACUGUAAAUAUGCCACCAUUGAGUACCAUCAGUCCUAGUGGGACACAAUCCAAAAGUAUGCCUAUUAAAGAUAAUGCUUUGGUUAUGUUUAAUGGGAAAGUCUAUCUCUUGGCUAAAAAGGGGACAGAUGUUUUGCCAUCACUAAUUGACAAACAGAAUUCAGUUUCUUCUGAUAUUCCACCAAGAAAAGAUGCAUCACAGAUAGUGAGUUCAAGUCCAGUCACAGAAAUAUCCAGAGAGGUUGUAAAUAUUGUUUUGGCUAAAAGUAAAUCUUCCCAGAUGGAGACAAAAUCAGUUUCAAAUACUCAGCUUGCUUCCAUGGCCAAUUUAAGGGCAGAGAAGAAUAAGAAAGUGGAGAAACCAUCUCUUUCUGCCCCAAACCCACAUAGUAUGAACCAAUCUAUUAACUACUUAAAGCAGAGUAAGACUUUAUUCUCAAAGCCAGUCUUACCAGAUGGAUUUAGUACAGGACAAAAUGCCCCCAGGAAAGGAAAUAUCAUCCAGAGCAUAGAGAAAAUAAGUUCCUCUGUUGAUGCAACAACUGUUACUUCACAACAGUGUGUUUUCAGAGACCAAGAACCAAAGAUCCAGAAUGAGAUGGCAUCAACACUAGAAAAAGUUACUCAAGAAAGAAAUGACAAGAACAGUUCUCAACGAAGAAGCAAUAAGGCGUCAUAUCUGAAGAGUGAUGCUGAACUUAAAAAGAUAUGUGGUAUCACUAAAGAUUUGAGAGUGUGCCUUACUCGGAUUCCUCAGCAGUUGGGCUCUGGGGAAGGUUUUGAUUCCUUUAGCCCUUUGGUGAAGAAUGAAACUUACAAAGAGGCAGAGUUUAUAGUGAAGGAGGAAGGGAGAAAACAGCAGGGUAUUGAUAAGAAAAGAAAAGCAAAAACCACUAAGAAGAUGGAUCGUCCAAAGAAGAGAAGAACCAAUAGUGUUAAUAACACAACUAUAAAUGGAGGAGCUAAUGUCACCAGUUCCCAGCUCAUUAACAGUAUUUUACCAACUUCAGAUGUGUCAAACCAUAACAUCCUCACAAGCUGCAACAAAACCAGAGAAGAAAAGAGAACUGAGGUAGAGCAUUGUACUCACGGAAACCAAGAAAAAGGCACAUUGAGCUCAAGUACAGCUUUUGAGCAAAGCCAUUCCUUUAAUAAAAAUUAUACUGAAGAUAUUUUCCUGAUGACACCACCAGAGUUAGAAGAAACCAUUAGAGAUGAAAAGAUAAGAAGACUUAAGCAAGUGCUGAGAGAGAAAGAAGCAGCUCUUGAAGAAAUGCGUAAGAAGAUGCAUCAAAAAUAGUAAAAUGGCUGUUCUUAAAGGCAUCAAUGAAAUAGCUGUGUUUUUUCAUAUACUUUUGCAUUAAGUUAGUUAUAGGUGCAUUCUGAAAGUGUUUUUGAAUGUGAAAAUUGUCUUUUCAUCAGCUGAUUAUAAAAUUUUAUGUAAGAAAUACAGAAAACGUUAACUCACAUUUGACUUUUAUGAAUAACUCAUGGGAUAUCUGAAUCCUUGUCUAUAGAUACCUUUUUUUGGAAGGAAAAAUUUUCUAUUUUUCUAUUACUUCAACUAGAAUUCCCGAAGUUUGAAUAUUUGUUAUUGUUUGUAUGUUUAGCUAAAUUGCUCAGAUGUUAUUCCAGCAAUAGUUGAUUAUUGUGUACUUUUAAAAUUAUAUAAUCCAAGAUAGGAAAUCAGCUCAAAGCUUAACUUUACCAAUGAGCUUGUAUCUUUAUAUGUCUCUUUACCCGUAAAAUGACAAUACCUUCUACUCACCAUUGUUGUAAGUUUUUCUUAAAUUUUAUGAAAGAAAAUGUAUUAUAGCAGCAUUAUUAAAAAAUUCAAACAUUUCUCAAGAAUGAGGGAUGUUUGUUUUGUAACUUUUACAAAGUAGUUUCUUAUGAUACAAAAUGGGUUUUAGAAUUCAGGCUGUAUAAUGUAUUGUUUGCUUAAAGUGUAUGUUAUCUCUAGGCAAAUGCUUCCCUUUUUUGAAAUAUGUAAAUAUAUGACUAAGACUGUAGGAAAAGUAAAUCUGAACAUGGUCACAUUUAAUACUUUUUAAAAUUGUAAAGUGUAGCUUUUCUUAAUAGAGCCAGACAUUUUUAUCUCUGGUUAUCUUUGAUUUGGAGAGUUGGAGAGUGGUGUAGAGAUAGGGAUUAAGGGGAAGGAGGAAAAGGUUAUUUUUAAGAAAUGAUAAAUUCCUGGAAGUAAGGUCGAAUAAAACCUGGACAUUGGCAACAAAAUAGAAAAUAGAAAGUCAGAAAAGACUGAGAGGGAAUAAAACAAAUGCAAACUGAGUAUCAACUAGAUUCUCCUGCCCUCCCCCCCACUUUUUUUGGUAACAACUUUAUUAAGGUAAUUUGCAUAUUGUAAGUUUCACCCUUUUGAAGUGUACAGUUGUUAUUCACAGAGUUGUGUGACCAACAUGACCUAAUUUUAGAUAAUUUUCAUUAUCACCUAGAAAACUUCAUACUCAUUAGCAGUCACUCCCUAGACCCUUCUUUCCCCAUCCCUUGGCAACCCACCAGUACACUUUCUGUCUCUCUAAAUUUGCGUAGUUUAGGCAGUCAUAUGCAUGGAAUGAACCAUUCAGUAUAUUUUCCUUUGUGACUGAUUUCUUUGAGUUAGUUUAAUAUUUUCAAGGUUCGUCUGUGCUGUCAUAUGUAUUCAUACUUAAUUUUUUAAAUUGCUAAUAUUCCAUUGUAUGAAUAUACCAUACUUUGUUUAUCCAUUCAUUUAUGGACAUUUGGGUUGUGUAUACUUUGGCUACUAGGAUGUUAUAUUGUUGUGUUUUUCUGAAUGUUUGGGUAUAUGUUUUUGUGUGGACAUAAUGUUUUCAAGUCUCUUGGGUAUAUACCUAGGAGUGUAUACUGGACCAUACCCUAACUUUGAGGAGCUGCCAGAUUAUUCCCGGCAGAUUUUUCUCCCCCUUCAUCCUAUUUUGUUAAGGAUGCCAGUGACUACCAUGUUGCUAGAUCCAGUGGUUAGUUCUCAGUCUUCUUAAUUUAUCUAUCUGUGGGGAGAUUAGUUCAUGAAUUAAUUACCUCCUUUGAAAAAAAAAUUAAGCUUUAAAAAAAGAAGCAGUACAUGUCCAUUGUGGGAAAAUUGCAAAUACAACAAUCUAAAAUAUUAAAAAUUCACUUUCCUAUCAAGCUAAAAUAUUAAAUAUUGGAGCUUGGGGAUACAUAGUUAAAGGCUAUCAGUAAAUAAAUACCAUUUGAAGCCAUAUGUCUGAAUAACUUCACUUAGGGAAACAGUAUAAACAGAGAAGAAGGUGAAAUUGUGGGCUCAUGUCUUAGUACAAUUAAAGAUUGGGAAAAGGGCAGUCUCAAAUGAAUUUUGAGAAUCAAAAGCUUCUUGAAUGAAUGGUAUUUAUAAAUCCUUGGAUAGUGCCUGACAGCGAUGUAUCAGUAUUUGUUAAAUAAAAUCAUCUAAAAUCA